AAGACUGGAGGGGAGGAGCCGGUACACCUGUGCAAGACUGGAGGGGAGGAGCCGGUACAACUCAGCAAGACUGAAGGGGAGGAGCCGGUACACCUGUGCAAGACUGAAGGGGAGGAGCCGGAACACCUGUGCAAGACUGGAGGGGAGGAGCCAGUACACCUGUGCAAGGCUGGAGGGGAGGAGUCGGUACACCUGUGCAAGACUGAAGGGGAGGAGCCGGUACACCUGUGCAAGACUGAAGGGGAGGAGCCGGUACACCUAUGCAAGACUGAAGGGGAGGAGACGGUACACCUGUGCAAGACUGAAGGGGAGGAGCCGGUACACCUGUGCAAGAUUGGAGGGGAGGAGCCGAUACACCUGUGCAGGACUGGAGGGGAGGAGCCGAUACACCUGUGCAGGACUGGAGGGGAGGAGCCGGUACAACUGUGCAGGACUGGAGGGGAGGGA